GCUCUUUUGUUUACAUCGGAAUCGAACCAUGGCACCACGAGAACUGGACCUCCCACUCAAGCGGAUUCUCUCCGCCUCAUCCCGGCGUAAACUGUUGCCCGUCGAACGGAAACAAACUUCAGCAGACAUGGAGAAAGUUGUCAUUGUAACCGGCGCGAACAGUGGUAUUGGUCUUGCCUUAUGUGAAAGGCUUCUGGCUGAGCACAUCCAGGUCCGUUUGUGUCUGGCAUGCAGAAACAUGCAGCGGGCCAGAGCUGCCCGCUCUGCCCUUUUGGCGUCUCACUCCGAGGCCCGUGUGGACUUACUGCAGCUUGAUGUGGGUUCUGUGCAGUCAGUGCUCGCUGCUGCCCGAGAACUCAAAGCCAGGUACAAAAGAAUUGACUUUUUGUAUCUAAAUGCAGGAAUAAUGCCCAAUCCACAAGUGGAUAUAAAAGCUUUCUUCAAAGGUUUGUUCUCAAGAAACGUCAUCAGCAUGUUUGCAACAGCGGAGGGUCUUUUAACACAGCAGGAUCACCUCAACUCUGACGGUCUGCAGGAAGUUUUUGCCACAAACCUGUUUGGUCAUUUUCUCCUGGUCAGGGAACUGGAGCCUCUGUUGUGUGAGGCGGGUCACACAUCACGUGUCGUGUGGACCUCUUCAAGUAACGCCCGCCGCACUGCCUUCAGCAUUGAGGAUAUCCAGCACAAAAAUGGGACUGAGCCCUACAGCUCCUCCAAGUAUGCCUCGGACAUGCUCAGUGUGGCCCUCAAUAGACACAAGAACAGUCAGGGGCUUUUCUCCUCUGUGAUAUGUCCAGGACUGGUGAUGACCAAUCUCACUUAUGGCAUCCUGCCCUCCUGUUUCUGGACUUUUAUUAUGCCAAUCAUGUGGUUGAUCAGGAUCUUCACGAAUACGUUUACUCUUACACCACAUAAUGGAGCGGAGUCACUGCAUUGGCUGUUCCUUCAAACACCAGAGUCUCUGGACCCGAGGGCAAAAUAUCACAGCUUGACAUCAGGACUUGGAGCAAACUACACAGAACCACGGCCAGUAAGAUUUCAAUUAUACUGAUCGAGCACAUUAUUUGCAAGA